CACACACCAUGAUCCAGGCGCCUCACGCCCGGCAGGAGGAGCAGGCAUUCUACCAGCGACUGGAGCACUUGCUGGGAGCAGCAAAGCAAGGCAGCUUUGAGGAGCUCUUCACUGCUGACAGCUGGGAGGACCUCAGGGAGGACAAAAGUCUAAGGAAGCGGCUGGUGAGAGGUGGCCGAGGAGAGAGCAGCCGGCCACAGCCUGGCCAGGAAGUGACCGUGAAGCUGCUGGGAGUCCUGGAGGACCAGAGCCUGGUGGAGAAGGACCCAAAGCUCACCUUUGUCCUAGGCCAGGGGGGAGCCAUUCAGGCCCUGGAGCUUGGCGUUCUGUCCAUGCAGCUGGGAGAAGUGGCCUUUUUCCUCGCCAGUCCCACAUGUGCCUACGGCUGUCUGGGCAGAGAGCCUGAUAUUCCAAAAGAUGCCGCGGUGCUGUACGAAGUGACCCUGCUACAGGUUCGGGACAGCCCUGACCCAGCCCUCUCGCCAGUGAUGGAGCGCCUCGGCUUAGGCAACCAACACCGAGAGUGGGGCAACUUCCACUUCGAACGGGGGGAGUACCAGAGGGCGCUCCACUCCUAUCAGCAGGCUCUGCGUGUUCUGUUCCUGUCCGGGACAGACCAUCUGAGUCCAGAGGAGGAGGAGGAGCUACGCGAGCUGCAGGUCAAAUGCCUCAAUAACUGUGCAGCUGCCCAGCUGAAGCUGCAGCUUUUUGAUGAGGCCCUGGCAUCCUGCCAUGAGGUGAUACGGCUGGACCCAGACAACGUGAGGGCCCUCUACAGGAAAGGCAAGCUGUUGUCAGAGCGGGGAGAGGACCAGGCUGCCAUGGCUGUUCUGAAGAGAGCCCUUCAACUGGAACCAGCCACAAAGGCCAUCCACGCAGAGCUCUCCAAGCUGGCAAGACGGCAGAGGGGACAGCCGAAAAGUCUAGGCCCAGGAGGGAGCCUCUAGGAAGAGUUGGCAGUCACCGCAGCUCACGGCUCUCAGAAGGAUGUUCCUACUGCGCAGCCAAGCUGAGUGGUGCAAGGGCUGAUGGGCGUUACCAGCAUAGGGCAAGCCAGUUGUGAGGGCCGGUGUGCAGAGAGUGAAGUACGCCUGCUGAAUUUCAAGGGUGGACCAAUUCUUUCAUUCAUGACAAUGUGAGGAGGAAUGCAACAGGCUCCAAACCCAACCCAGCACCAGCUGUUGCCUUGUCUGGCUCCACAGAGUAAGACGGAUUCAGAAUGUCAGUCCUCCACUUGAGCAACAAUGAAUGAAAUUAAGGCAUUCAAUUUGCAGGAGCAAGAAAAUCUCCAAGAAACAGGCUUGUUUCGAUGCUGCUCUAGAGCUCCUUUGCUGACAGACACUUUCCUCAUCUUAAAGACGUAAGAGCCCUAAUGCCGAACUAGUCCAGUGGUCCAUCCAGUCCAGCUGUCUGUCCAGAACGAGCUGCACACAGGAUCCAACAGACUGGAGAAGAGUGUAACAGCACACUCCUACCCAUCUUCCUCAGCAACUGCUGUACACUGGCAUACUACCCGAGAUACAAGAAGCUGCGUAUUUGUACCCAACAUGGAAUCUGCCUUUUUCACACCCCCUGCACAUCGGGUUGAUGCUUUGCACCACAACCCCAAGCUCUCUUUCUGGGUCAGUUACCAUUAGUUCACAUCUCACCAGCUUACACUCGUAGUGAUUUCUUCCCAAGUGCAUUACUUUACGAUUGCUUACCUCGAGUGACAUUUGCUCUUUGAUGCCUGUUCUCCCAGUUUGGCGAGAUCCUUUUGGAGC